UAUAUAUAUAUAUGCAGAUGAGACGAAACUGCAACUUGGAACUUCGGCUCCUUCCUUCUGGUUUUUCCGGCCACCGUCGUGACAUGGUGGAAGGAAGCAGCGAAAGCCCAGAAAAUCAACACCAACAGCUGACGAUUUUCUACAAUGGAAGAGUUUGCGUUUGUGAUGUUACAGAGCUCCAGGCAAGAGCCAUUCUGAUGAUUGUUAACCGAGAAACGGCUCCUGCGUCGGGACGGGAACCGGCUUCACCGAUGUUACAAUCUCCGAUAAAAAGCCCAAGUACCGGACUUCCCACCGACAUUAAGAGAUCGCUUCAACGGUUCCUCCAAAAACGAAAGAAUCGGAUCCAAGCUACCUCUCCUUACCAUUAAUA